AUGAUUGUAUGGGUUCGCCUUCCAACACUCAAGGUCCACUUCUACCAUCGUGAGGUUCUCACGUCCUUGGGGAACCUUAUUGGCCGUACAAUCAAGCUCGAUUAUCAUACAAUCAAUCAACAACGAAGGAAGUUCGCUCGCUUGGCGGUGGAGAUUGAUAUGACCAAACAUCUAGUUCCCCGGAUUUUCUUGGAUGAUCACUGGCAGAAAGUGGAGUAUGAAAAUCUCCUAACGGUGUGUUUCGAGUGCGGGAAGGUGGGCCACAGUUCUGGUGGUUGCUCAACUGUCCACCCUGCAACAACCGGCGAUCAAUUGGCCAACGUCGGCGGUCCAGUUCCGGCCAAGCAGGCGACCGUUGAGGAAGCUACUCCAGCGGGCUUCGGGCCAUGGAUGCUAGUUUCAAAAAAAGCCGGCGAUUUUCUAGGGAUUCGGUGA